CAAAUGAAGCGAGGCUUUUGGGCUGCGGAGCGGCGUGGGAGAGCAAGGAGCGGUGCGGGCGCGUGGCAGCUCUCAUCCGGCCUCGACGACAAAAAUAAAUCGGGAAAAAAAAAACACUCGCCGACAUCCACGGGGGCCGUCGCCAUGCCUUGUCGGAAGGAGAACUACAUCUUCCUGGAGCAGUCCGUCACCGUGGGCUCCAAGGAAGUGGACGCGCUGGUGACGAAGAUCGGCGAGGCGCUGCAGCUCCACAACAAUAGCGGCGGCCACCAGAAGAAGACCGUGGCCGUGUCGUGUCUGCACGGACUCACCGACGGGGUCAAGCCGGCGGCUAACUUCGUCGUCGGCGGUUCGGGGACGACGACGACAGCGGCGGCGGCGGGUCAGAAACGCCAAGGCUGCUGCAUGAGGCUACGGAACCGCGGGAGCAGCCGGGCGAGCCCGUAUCACAUCCCCGGGCCGAGCGAGACGGAAUGGGACCAAAUCAAACCGUGGAGCAAAAAGAGGACGCACGCCGACGAGGACGACCCGCACCGGCUGCUCCAGGAGCUCAUUUUGUCCGGGAACUUGAUUAAAGAGGCCGUGAGGAGGCUGCAGUUCCCGGCUGCGGACUGUGGUGACUUUCCCAAGGCGGCCGACAACGUGCCCUGCUGAUCCGGCCACACACACACACACUCAAGGACCCCCUGGCCGGUUCCUCCUGGAGGACCCUGCUCCACCUCACAAGAGACUGUGAGUGUUUGAACUCACAAGACUGGUAGUUUCUUUUUUUUCCAUUCAUUUUCAUCCAUUUUGUCAGGAAUGUCGCGUCAGCCUCGCCUGCUAGCCGCCUGGCUAACCUUGGUUAUUUUUGUAUUUUUAAUUUUUUAUUCAACUUUAUUUCAACACCAAUAUGAUGCAACAAUUCAAAAAAAAAAAGGCUAACCUUGUUUAUUUUUAUUUUAUUUUUUUUGGUACGUUUUUCUUCAACUUUAUUUCAACAACAUGAUACAAGAAUUCUAAAAAAGGCCAACAUUAUUUUAUUUUUUAUACGUUUUUCUUCAACUUUAUUUGAACAACAAUGUGAUACAACAAUUCUAAAAAAGGCCAACCUUGUUUAUUUUCUUAUUAGUAUUUUUUAAAUGUUUUUCUUCAUUUUAUUUCAACAACAAAAUGAUACGAUUCUGAAAAAGCUACCCUCGUUUUUUGUUUUUUUGUAAAUUUUCAUUAUUUGUAUUUUUUGUACGUUUUUCUUCAAUUUUAUUUCAACAACUAUCCUAAAAAAAGGCUAACUUUGUUUAUUUUGUCAUUUUUUAAAAUUCAUUAGAUUUUUUUAAUGUUUUUCUGCAACUUUAUUUCUACAGCAAUUCUAAAGAAGGCUCAUUUAGUUUAUUUUUUUGUACGUUUUGCUUCAACUUUAUUUCAACAACAAUGUGAUACAACAAUUUUAAAAAAGGCCAACCUUGUUUGUUUUUUUUUUGUUUUUUUUGGUACAUUUUUCUUCAACUUUAUUUCAACAACAAUAUGAUACAAGAAUUCUAAAAAAAAGGCUAACAUUGUUUAUUAUUUUUAUUUUUUUUGUACGUUUUUCUCCAACUUUAUUUCAACAACAAUCCUAAAAAAAGGCUAACCUUGUUUAUUUUGUCAUUUAUUUUAAUUUAUUAGAUUUUUUUGUGUUUUUCUGCAACUUUAUUUCUACAACAAUUCUAAAGAAGGCUCAUUUUGUUUUGUUUUUUUUGUACGUUUUGCUUUAACUUUAUUUCAACAACAAUGUGAUACAACAAUUUAAAAAAAGGCCAACCUCGUUUAUUUUUUAUUUGUAUUUUUUUUAACGUUUUUCUUCAAUUUAUUUCAACAACAAAAUGAUACAACUCUAAAAAAGCUAACCUUGUUUUUUUUUGUACAUUUUUCUUUAACUUUAUUUCAACAACAAUAUGAUGCAACAAUUCUAAAGAAGGCUAACCUUGAUUAUUUUUUAUUUCAACAACAAUAUGAUACAACAAUUCUAAAAAAGGCUAGCCUUGUUUAUUCUUUUUUUUCCGUUUUUCUUCAACUUUAUUUCAACAACAAUAUGACAACAAUUCUAAAAAAGGCCAACCUUGGUGUUUUUUUUGUUGGUUUUUUUGUACGAUGAUUUUCAACUUUAUUUCAACAAUAUGAUACAGAAAUUCUAAAAAAAAAAAAAAAGGCUAACCUUGUUUGUUUAUAUUCGGGUUUUUUUGUAUUUUUUUCUUCAACUUUAUUUAAACAACAAUAUGAUACACCAAUUCUAAAAAAAUAAAGGCUAACCUUUUUUAUUUUGUCAAUUUUUUAAAAUGUAUUUCCAUUUUUUUUAUGUUUUUCUUCAACUUAAUUCAACAACAAUUCUAAAAAAAAUAGGCUAACCUUGUUUAUGUUUGAAAAUCUCCCGGACCUCAGACAUCACCGGGCAGGUCACAGGAGCUCCAACACGCCGCGAUCAUCGACUUUCAUUUAAUAACAUCAACAAUGACGUCUACAUUUCUCGUAUCUUAAGAAAAUGAGAGCAUUUCUUGAAAAAGCCCCGUAAACGUGUAUUUUGUGUUAUUAUUUCCCCAUUUAAAAAACAUUCAUUGUUAGUUUGUGGUGUGUAUUGGAGGGGGUUCGGGUCAGUUCCGGGGCCUGGGGCUGGUUCCUUCUGAAGGACCCUGCUUCUCCACACGAGACACUUUAAGCGUUAAAACUCACAAGACUGGUAGCUUUUCUUUCCUCCGUUUUGUCAGCCACCCGGCUAGCCUUCGUUAUUUUUUUUUUACUAUUUAAAAAGCCUCUUUAUAUUGUAAAAUCACAGCAUGGUUCCCAUUCUUCAGGUGCACAAAAAACUACACAAAUUGAGAUGCUUUUUUUUCCGGCUAACCUUGUUUAUGUUUGAAAAUCUCCCGGCGCUCUAACACGCCGACACUUCCUUAGAAUUCAUUUGAUAAAAUCAACAAUGACGUUUACAUUUUUGUGUCUUAAAAAAAGAAACGGGAGUGUCCGAGUGCGUGUUUUGGUGAAAAAGCCACGUAAAGGUGAAUCUGUGUUAUUAUUUUCCCCUUUUAAUACCAUUAAUUGUUAGUUGGUGGUAUGUUUUCGGAGGGGUUAGGAUUGGUUCCGGAACAAAACCAGCCGUUCCCACGUGCGGGUGGUGUAGUGUUGGCCAUUUUGUUUACACUCUGAAGCUGGCGGUUGGAGGAAGGAAGUGUUCCAUCCUCCCCUCGUCACUGAGUCACUAGUUUCUUCUCCUUUUAAACUUCCCUCGGAGCAGCUAUUCUCACCGGUUAAAACCUCAACCAGUGGCUGUGGUGAUUCCAUCCGAUUCUGGCAAUGUAUUAUUAGUUGGUUCAUAACAACAGAGCUUUUUUUUUUUUUCAAAGCAGUUUAGAAAAGCUCCUUCCGGGUUGCUUAAAAAUGGCUUUUUUUUUUUUAAAUGUUGAAUUGAAGAAUGGCGAUUUUGGAUGUGAAUCGAUUUUUUAUUUUUUUUUUCCUUCCUAAAGGAGGAAUCACAGCCAUUUCCCACAGGGCUUGUUACUGUGGCCGAUGUUUGUAACGCUUGUAAAUUGGGGAGAACUGGGGGAUGGGGGUCGACUGUCACGUGACAACACUUUUGUGGUGCUUUCACCUUUUUUUGGGAAUUCCAACAGGGGGUUCUGCUGUUUUUGUUCCUGUUUUUUUUUCUUUUGUAUUUGUGCUCCGUGUGAAAAGAAAAAUGCACGACUGCUUCGUAACGAAGUUUCUGAUAUUGUUCCUGAGUAUUCAGGACCCUUUUUUUUUGGUUGUUUUAAUAAACAGUUUUGUUUUUCCAGA